CCACUUGUGAUUGGUCUAGUUCUCAGUGGGUGUACCUGACUACGCUGGUGAUGGAACUGAGCGCUGAACUGAGUAACAGAGACGGGAGUAGCCGUCCGUUUCAGGUGAGAUGUGAGCGGACAUUGAAGGGACUGGCGAAUGGCCUGGAGCAGCUUAAAGGAGAAGUGUCCGCCGUAUUGACUGAGCUGGUGCUGCAAGAGAAAGGAGAGGGGGCACUGGCAGCUGGAGAUCAGGAGUCUGCAGGUGAAGAGGAGGAUGAAGAAGAUACAGAUGAAAAAGAUUUUUCUGAGAAUGGAAUAAGCAGUAAUGGACCUCCCACUAAAAGAAACAAAAUACAGGAUUGAAUGGGAUUUACGUCAACUUUAUUUUGGUCCUAUCUGGGUAUUUUUAAAUAACGCAGAUACUUCUUUAUACUGUAUGUUCUCACGUGGACUGAAACUUAAACUUUGUUUCUGGUAUGUAUGUUAUCUCUGUAAAGAUAAAAAAAAAGGGACUUCUCCUCCAAUACUAGGCUCCCAUAGAUUGGGAUAAAGUAUGUAACCAUAUGAGAAAGUUAUUUAAGAUAAAAGGCAAUGUUUAUUAACCACCACGCCAAAAGCAAUUAAAAACAUUUAAAACAUACUAAAGUAGCAGCGCUGCAUGGGGUGUAGGGAUCCCUACCGUCUAAAUAUCCAAAUUUUGUGGGGCUCCGGGAUAUCAAUGUCGUAACAAAAUAUAUUUGUAUGAAAUGGCUCGUCAGCCUUUAUACAUACGAUAUGUAACCCUGUAAGUCCUGGAGUCCGGUAAUCAAGGGGACAGGUGUGCGCAAGUCUAUUUGUAAUUAUUCCAGUGAAUGAAGUGGGUGAAUCCUGUGCUUAGGUAUACACAAAAGCCGUGGGUCCUAUAGGUAUGGACCAAGAGCGGAACCGGUGUGUAAAGGGUCGGGAUUCUGGUAUGGACCCAGUUGACUGCAGUACAGCGCCCAAUUUGAGUGACAGGAGCGACUAAUUAUAAUAGCCGCUUGGGCAGUUGCAAACUUGCAAUAGUCACCAAUAAAUGCCAAGCAGCGGUCCUGAGGUCCCGGUUGUCAUUCAAACCCAAAAAAAAAUUGUUCAUACAGACCAUAUGCAGUGUUCUGUUAUCCUUACACCGGGUCUUGUCACACUCUCUACACGGAUCGUACUGUGUUUUCCAAACGGAUUGCUUGCGUACCACAGGUCACCACAUGCACAGCGGAAUCCCACCUCACUCCAUGCAGACACUGAGCCUCGACAGCUGUUUCGCCACCGACCGUGGCUUUUUUUUGUUUGGUUUAUUAGUACAUAGUAUUGUUUUGUGGACACCUCCAAUCAGGUUAAUUAUACAAAUUGAUUCACUGAGAUUUCCACCUGUUUCUAGUAUGGAUGUUAUUUAUCUCUGUAAAGCACACAAAUUAAGAAGACUUAUUUUAUAUACGAAAUAAACUUUUUUUGUGAAUCUA